AGGGUGAGGCUCAAGCGAUUGCAGUGAAGCUGGUGUACGGUGGGAGCCAUGAAGGUGAAAGCCUACGAGCUGAGGAACAAGACCUCCAAGGAGCUGCUGAAGGAGUUGGAUGACACGAAGGCAGAGCUGGCCCAGCUUCGUGUGGCCAAGGUCUCUGGUGGCGCUGCUUCGAAGUUGGCCAAGAUCAAGACCGUGCGGAAAGCCAUUGCGCGCAUUCUGACGGUCUACAACCAGAAGCAGAAGGCGGAAGCUCGGAAGCAGUACAAGGGCAAGAAGUAUGUGCCACUGGAUCUGCGCCCAAAGAAGACCAAGAAGAUCCGUCAAGCCUUGAAGGCUGAACAGAAGUAUGCGAAGACUGCUCGCACCAAGAAAAGGGAGAGCAACUUCCCAAUGCGUCGAUAUGCGGUCACCAUGUGAGAGGGCAUUGCAGCAGGCGGCGGCCGACUCCAGCAAGACAGUUUGCUGGUGGAUUCUGUCAUGAGCCGGGCAAAA